AUGACGAUGAUGACGCUGCAAAGAAAAAAGCUCAGAAGCUCGCGAAGAACCACUGCCAAGUCAGAUUUCUUCGACGGCUUACCGGACGAUCUCGUCGUCUUCAUCCUCUGCAAGCUCAGCUCCUCCGCCUCUUCACCGUCCGAUCUCAUCAACAUCCUCAUCACGUGUAAAAGAUUGAAUCGCUUGGGGCUUCACUCUCUGGUAUUAUCCAAAGCCGGUCCCAAAGCAUUUGCUAUCAGAGCCAAGAACUGGUCCGAUUCGGCUCACCGUUUUCUCAAACAGUGCGUGAGCGCCGGUAACAUCGAAGCUUGCUACACUCUCGGGAUGAUCCGAUUUUACUGUUUGCAAAACCGAGGGAGUGGAGCUUCACUCAUGGCGAAAGCCGCGAUGAGAUCUUACGCUCCGGCGCUGUACUCGCUCGCCGUGGUUCAGUUCAACGGCAGCGGGGGCUCCAAGAAGGAGAAGGACCUGCGAGCCGGCGUAGCUCUCUGCGCUCGAGCCGCCUCGCUCGGCCACGUAGACGCGCUUCGAGAACUCGGCCAUUGCCUCCAGGACGGUUACGGAGUCAAGCAAAACGUCACCGAGGGACGCCGCUUGCUAGUCCAGGCCAACGCCCGGGAGCUCGCGUCCGUUUUACGCUCCGCCACGUGGCGGUCCCACCACUACCAGCACUUGUACUCGUGCCUCACGGGGCUGGUCAGCUGCCCGCUGCUGAGUGACUUCGGUUGUAACGUUCCGGCCCCGGAGCUCCACCCGGCGAACCGGUUUUUGAAAGAGUGGUUCGGGUCGGGUCGGGCGAUUUCGGGGCAGGGGAUGACACUGUGCUCGCACGUGGGGUGCGGGAGGCCCGAGACGAGGCCGCACGAGUUUAGGAGGUGCUCGGUUUGUGGUACGGUGAAUUAUUGCUCACGUGGGUGUCAAGCUCUUGAUUGGAAGCUGAGGCACAAAGUCAAGUGUAAGCCGAUCGAACGGUGGCUGGGUGUUGAUGGUGAGUUAGGGGGACUGGUGGAGGGUGGAGAUGGUGAGAAUGUGGCCGUUGGAUAA